CCUGGAGUCCGCACUGGUGGCGGGGGAGUGUUUCUCCGAGGCUCGUGCCGUCGACUGUUCUGGGGUAAGGGCGCGUGCGCGCAGACACAUGUACCUGCAUGUGUUUGGUGGAGCGCGCUGGCCUGUUUACCUCUGAGGGGACUAGGAGGAUUGGAAGAAGUGGUGGCGUCGGCCAUGUUUAAGUCUGGCUCUUCUUUUUUUUUUUUUUCAUGUGAAUUCAUCCUCCCUGUGUUCCUCCACCCUUUGUGCCACACACACUGUAUAACAAAAAAGUGCGGCUUUGAGCGUAGUUCCUGCAGACAGUGUGAGCUUUUUACCCAGAGCAGACAGGGUUUGGAGUUUGUUGUCAGGAAGGAAUAGGGACCAGUUCCACUUCAUCUUUUUAACUUUUACCUCCCCAUGGAGAUUGGAUGCCUUUGGAAAUAUGUACAUUAAUGCGUUUGCGUUUUUCAUCAAAUACCUGGAGUAUACCACUGAAAAAAGCGUUCAGUAAUUGGAUUAUUUUUGAGGGGUGAAAUAUAUAAACGAAGACAAAAAGCCCUCCUAGCCUUCCCUGCAGUUUAUAUAGAACUAGGAAGAAAAGGCCUCUGAGAGGGGAUUCUUGACUUCAAGCAGUACUCUUUGACACAGGGAAUUUGAUUGGACACAAUUGCAACGAAAACUUCAAGAUUUAUGGUGAAGCCCAGCCGGGCCAAACAGAAUGGGGUCCCCCCGCCUGAAGCCAUGAAGACCCGCCAAAACAAAGAUUCAAUGUCGAUGCGCAGUGGGCGGAAGAAGGAGGUUUCUAGUCCAAGUGAAGAGCUGAGGUCAAGGGCUCGUGGAGUGUCACCUGGCGAUGCCAGCACCUCCAGCAAUGACAGCAAAGUGGAGAAAACCCGGCAGGCUGGUGGGAAGAAAGCGAAGGGUGAAGACUCUUGCAUUUUGAAGAUUCCCAAGAGGAGGAGAGAACGAGAGACAUCAGACAGCGAUGUAGAGCUUCAUGAAGCCCCUAAGAAGGCAAAGGCAGAGGUGGUGAGUCGACCGGGUUCCCCUUCUGAUAUUGAAAGUCUGGAUAGUCAUAGUGUAAAUGAUGACACCAGCAGUGAUCCACGGGACAUUGACCAGGACAACCGCAGUACAUCACCAAGUAUCGCCAGUCCAGGAAGUCCUGAAAGUGACUCUGAUUCCUCCAUCUCCCAAGGACCAAAAUCCUACCCUCCACUGCUUCCAGUGCAGAGUCCACUUUCUGCACCAUCUCUGCCAAACAUUCCACAGGGGAUCAGUGGCGAUAACCUGUUGGGUACGAAAUCCCAGGAUGAACUUCAGCCCCCAGAGCUACCAGCACAGCCCCCUGUCCUGCCUCCUGCCCCAGGAGAGGCUCAGGCAUCACGGAUCUUUCAACAGAUGCAGCCUUCAGUUCUGACUCAGCAGUCCAAUUCUGUUCUUUCCCAUUCAUAUGUGAACCAGUCCCCUGUGGCCAGCCAGGCAGGCAUGAAGUUACCAGGAAUAAGCCCAGUGUCUCAAGGCAGGGAUCAGACUUUGCCAGUUAAGCACCCUCCACCAACAACACCAAUUUCACUUGCCCCCAAUCUCACUUUACAGAAGCCCCAGGCUAACCCUGCCCAACCUUUCCCCCAUGUUGCUGCAAAUCUACCCCCUCCCCCAGCCCUUAAACCCCUCAACAGUACCCCAGUCCAGCCUCUUCCACCCACCACAGGUCACCAUGUGGGCUCCCCUCAUGUUAUCUCACAAGUGCAAAUGCCACAGGGAACACCUACGGCUGCUGGUCCUCAAGGAGUAGAAAAGGUAUCCGUACAGUCUCAGCCUCUCCCUGCAUCUUCUGUCACUUCUGCAAACUCAGUCCGGUAUCCCUAUGUUUCUUCCUCCACCUCUCAGUAUCAACCUUCUCAGUCUUUGCCUACCUACACCACAUCCUACAGCCUUCCACAUCAGGCUUCUUCCCACUCUGCUUCUGGCCAGCCUCCUAAAUACACACAGCCCUCUCUGCCUUCACAGCCUGUUUGGAGUCAAGGACCUUCGUAUUCCCGAUCUUUUGCACCUUCUUCACUCCCUUCCUUUAGUCAGCCUUCUCAUGCUCAACCUGUUGCAUCAGCUCAUUACCCCUCUGCAUCCUCCUCUUCCUCCUCCUCAUCUUCAUCCUCCUCCUCCUCCUCUUCAUCGUCGUCAUCGUCUGCACAUCAUGGCACGUAUCCUUCAUCACAUUCUGCCCAUCCAGCUGGACAGAGUCAGGCUCAAAAUUUCAGCCAUGCAGCGGAGUCUGCCCAUUCAUCUUCUAGUCAUGCUGCUCAUGGCUUCAGCACGUCAAACCAGCCUCCACCCUACCAUCAUCCCAUGAUGCCUGCAUCUCAUCCUCCUACUACCCAUUCCUACUCUAUGCCUUCUGUUACCAUGUCUGGGCACACACCAGUCAGACCCUAUCCUUCAUCAUCUUCACAUCCAGGACACAGCCAGCCUUCCUAUCCACACCCUGGGCCAGGACCAGCACCUGGGCCAUCACAGUCACAGUCCAGUCAAAGCCAAGGGCAGUACCCCUUACCGUCCCAUGGUGCAUCCAACCAGACGCCAUCAUACCCAUAUUCCUCCAUGUUACCCCACUCUUCUACCAUUCAGACCACCCAUAACUCGCUUCCAGUGACUACUGCUGCUGUCACUAUGACUACAGUCAUCUCCACAGUGAACUCUUCUUGUACUAAUGUUUCCUCUACUUUCAAGAUAGCCUCUUCAUCAUCAGCAUCUUCAUCUUCUCCUUCUAUUUCAGUGGUUAAUGCCCCACCCUGCAAAAUGGCUCCUUCUCCUGGUUCUUCUCUUCCUAUGGUUCCUGGUUACAAAACUGUUACCCCUCCAGCACCUAAUGUUCCCGCAGCACCAAACUUUAGGGCAGCAGUUUCUCCUGCCCUUUCUGCACUUCCUGUUUACCGACCUCCUUCAUCUCCUUCUUCUAACAUGCCUGUUUCAACCACCUUCAGGGCUGUCACUCCACCAAGCUCUUCCACUUCCUCAAAUCUCAACUAUAGAUCACCUUCACCACUGGCUGCUACUAUACCUGUGUCAGGAGCCCCACUGCCAGCCCCUGCACCGUCUGUAACAAUUACUAUUAAAGAGGAGGUUGUGGACGAUCCUGAGGAACCUGAGAGCCCAGAACCACCAUGCCGGAGUCCCUCACCAGAGCCAAAAGUGGUUGAUUUACCAAGUCAUGCAAGCCAGUCAGCUAGGUUUAACAAACACUUAGACCGUGUUUUCAACUCCUGUGCACGUACUGACCUGUAUUUUGUACCACUGGAGGGAUCAAAACUGGCUAAGAAGAGAGCAGAUGCUGUGGAGAGGAUACGGCGUGAGGCUGAACAACGAGCACGUGAAGAAAAGGAACGGGAGAGAGAAAGAGAACGUGAACGAGAGAGAGAGCGAGAGCGUGAGAGGGAAAAGGAGCUAGAGAAAGCCUCGAAAAUAUCUCAGGAUGUGCGACCUGUUUCGAACCCUUCAAUAACUGCAGUUUCUCAUCGUCCAACUUUUGAGCCACAAGGCAGCACUGUGGCAACUGUGCCUCCUUACCUUGGCCCAGAUACACCUGCAUUACGCACACUGAGUGAAUAUGCCCGCCCCCAUGUCAUGUCGCCUACCAACCGUAACCACCCAUUCUAUGUACCUCUGGGUGCAGCAGAUCCACUACUCGCUUACAAUGUUCCAGCAAUCUACAGCAGUGACCCAUCAGCUAGGGAGCGUGAACUAAGAGAGCGAGAGGCUCGUGAGCGGGAGCUGAGGGAGAGGGAGUUUCGUGAACGACUGAAACCAGGCUUUGAGGUGAAGCCAAAUGAGCUGGAUGGACUGCACCCAGUGGCAAACGCCAUUGAUCCAUUUGGCCGUCAUGGAACGCUUGCUCUUCAGGCUGCCCCUGGUCUUCAUCCUUUCCCUGCCUUUCAUCCAGGACUAGCACCUUUGGAAAGAGAGAGGCUUGCAUUGGCCGCUGGACCAGUUCUUCGCCCGGAUAUGUCCUACAGUGACAGGCUUGCAGCAGAGAGGCAGCAUGCAGAGAGAUUGGCAGCUUUAGGAAAUGACCCACUGGCACGACUUCAGAUGCUGAAUGUGACUCCACACCACCACCAGCACUCUCACAUUCAUUCUCACCUCCAUCUACACCAGCAGGAUGCAAUUCAUGCAGCCUCCGCUGCUGUGCAUCCACUUAUUGACCCUCUGGCAGCAACUGGGCCCCAUUUGACAAGGAUUCCAUAUCCAGCUGGAGCUAUUGCUAACCCACUGCUGCCACAUCCACUCCCUGAAAAUGAGGUUUUCCGACAUCAGCUGUUUGCUGCACCAUAUAGAGACUUGCCAGGCCCACUGCCUGCCCCGAUGUCUGCUGCCCACCAGCUGCAGGCCAUGCACGCCCAAUCAGCCGAGCUGCAGAGACUGGCACUGGAACAGCAUCAGCAGUGGCUCCAUGCGCACCAUCCUUUGCAUGGAGUGCCCUUGGCAGGGCAGGACGAUUACUACAGUCACUUGAAGAAAGAAAGUGAGAAACCACUGUGACACGUGGAAGUAAAUGGAAUCCCAUGUCUUACAGUAGAAAUCAGAAGGUCAGCUCAGGAUAAGAGGAUGGCUUCUUGAUGUCCGUCACCACCACACAGUAACACGCUCUGUGUGGCGUUAGAGGAGGGUUCACUACAUGGGCCGGCAGCAAAUACCUUUCAAAGAUUUUUUUUCUGAAAACCCGGAUGACUUGUUCAUGGGGCUUGCAGCAAGGAGAUGGCGAUGAACUUUGUUAGGAACUGCUCUGUGAUUGCUCCUUGACUCUGGCAUUUGUAUAGUAAUCCCUUCCAUUCUUUCCUUAUUUCAUUUGUGCUGUUGGAAGAAAUAGAGCUUUUCCCAGACAGCAACGCUGUACAGUGUUUCCUCCAGUGGAGGAGGCGUUCAAGGAGAGAUGAAGAUUUUUUUGUCUGUCACUGCAAAACUAAGUAUUUUCAAAGGAGAUGGCAGGGGAAGGUGUUCUUAUUUGGUUGGGUGGGGUACAUCAUUUCUUAACUUUUUAAUUUUGUACCAUUUGUGCAAUCACCAGCAUUACUUAAAUCAUUUUGAAGGGACUGCUAUUUACCUAUAUAUGUAAAUAUAUACAUACACACACAUAUAUAUAUAUUAUAUAUAUUAUAUAUAGUUUUUAUUUUGGGCUCAUCCCAGUCUGUUUCACAGAACUUCUAAAGAGUUAGUAUAUAUCCAGAAAAAAAGAAAGUGGGGCUGAUGGAGAUAGUCCCAUUUCUUUAAUGGAAAUUUUGAAGUUGCAAGACUCUGGAUGGGGAGAUACGAUGUCCAGCUUCUCUGAUGAAGAGUGCUGCUGGCAGAAGCAAACUGAGUGUGCAUUCUUUAUGAAAUGACCAUCGUAUGAUGUACUGACAUGUUUCACGAAAUGGAUGUGUGAUGCUUGCACCUCAGUAUGUACAUAGAGUAACGUGUUCAUUGUUCCUGAGUAGGACCUGUAGAUGAAUUACCGAGUGUUGCUGUAAAUUAGACACUUAUUUUCUUAAGUAGAGCCCAAGUGGUGACGUUUUUGACUUUGUUGUUGUGAUGGAAACGUUGAAGUGGUGCAAGCAGUAUCCAUGGUGAGGUGCACUGCCAAGAGAGCCCAACCCCUUUCACAUAAAUGGAUGCAAAAAGAUAAAAAAAACAGCCACUUCUGAGAAAUUAAGUGAAAUCUGGAAAACUUUCAAAAUCGUGGAAAGAAUGGAGGUUUGUCAUGCAGUGGGGAAAACUGACCGUAACCAGGUCCAUAUCGUUGAGGACCAUAAAAAUUGGAUUACAUAUCUGCUGUGUCACAGCUCAUUCUUAGAAACUUGUAAACAAAUGUCAUUUAAAAAAGUUGCUCAUAGCAACUGAACUUUCCAGCUGCUUGUGGAAGUACUAAAUCAGUCGUGUGAAUUGAUUUGCCUUUACUUGACAAGUUAUUUUAACAAGAAGAACUUAAAAUGUUUUAGUGGUAUUUUGAAGUCUGCAUUUCACAUAAUUCUUUUUAGUUUUAAAUGGAAAACCGUAUAUUAUGAAAAUGAUUGCAAGAUGAAGUGCCGUUUAUUCGUUUUUUGGGAGAGGGAUGUUAAUGUGUCAUGAUCAACAGAAAGGCUGGUUUGGGUUUCAUUCUCAAAGCAUGUACAGAAUCCGAGCAGGGAGUUUGCCUGGCCAGCAUUGGAAAGCUAAAUGAGAGACUUGAGUGGUUAAUGGAGGAUUCCUAACUGACUGACUUGAUACGUUUAGGAUGCACUUUUCCCCAGAAAUGGGCACAAUUGGUUGGCUUUACUUACUUUAACCUGUUGCACCUCAGUGUUUUGUAUAAUGUGUAAUUAUAAUUGAUGUGCAUAACUCUGAGUGCACUGUACAGUAAUAGCAGUGCUGUGGCCAUCACAUGUAAGCUGCUGGCUUAACUAGUUUCUCUGUCUCUCUCUUCCCCACACAUCAGAGUGUGAUCCCACUGUAGGUACAGUGCCACUGUGUUUGUUAGCUGGGUGCCCCACUGUGAGGUGAAGUCUGCUGUUUUCUGCAGCAAGAAGGCACUCUGUUCUCCCGGCUGUUAAACUGGCAACCAGGUGAUUGCCCUGAUGGUUACAAUGUAGCAUUGUCUAGCUGCAGGCCUUUGUUAAUAAAGAUGAUGCAGAAGCAUUGCUGGAGGUGACAUGGCUUUCACAUUUUUAAACUGGGUAAGGAAAUUUGCAAAGCAAACCAGGGUGCUACUUCUCACAGUUUAUGCUCGGACAGUUGCUGUGACUUAUGUCCUUUAAUUAGCUGCCAGGCCUCUCUUCAGUUCUGCUUUCAUUAAUGUUUUCCUCUUUUUAACGAGAUGAUGCAUCUCUAGGUGCUGCAGUGGACAUGGGAGUCUUUAUUGCUUGGAUGUUUCCUGAGCAUAGGAGGCACAUGUACUCCCAUCUAUUUUGUGAUCCGCAGUUUUAUUUGAAGAGGACAACAAGACUGUUCUAAAUUUUCCCAUGACUUGUCUUCAUUGUCUCUUCAAAUUUAGCUAUUUUUGUAGUUUCAUACAAGGUGGCAAUUGCCUAUUUUUGGUGUCAGCAGCAGGUCUUUUGCGGUGUUGCUGCACAGUUCAUCAUCCAUUUUUCUUCGUAACUUUGAGGAUUUGCCACUUAUGUUUUAAUGAUUGUACACAUGUAGAAGCUGUGGUCUGCCAUUUGGGCAUUUCAGUUAGCACCUGCUAUAGUUGUAAAUAAGGGUCAGUCCAGCCAAGAUAUCUUUCAGGCCAUGUGGGCAGCAUGUACAGUUCUACUGUAGGCAAUGUGUUUAUGCUAAUGUCUUCUUCCAUGAGAUUGUCUUGGCAGUUUAAUUCACAGUCCUUACUAUUAAGGUGACAACUUUUUUUGUGAUUAAGGGGGAGGAGACAUGGUGCCAUGCAAGGCUGGGGUACCUUUGUCCCUUUUUAGUCUAUAUGUCUGCCUUUUUGUCAGUGAAGGUUACUUCGAUGAAUCUACUGUACAUGUGCUGAAUAAGAAUAAGUUGGAAAGGAGAAAUCGAGAAAUACUUCCCUUGAGAAAAGUGGAUCCCUUUCAGAAGUGUGAGCUACAACAACAUUUUUCUGUUAUUCAUUCAAAAAACUGUCUGUCUUUUGUACCCCAGCUCAUUGUGUACACUGUUAGUGAGAUUGCUGUACUGUGGAAUUUGGGUUAUACUCAAAGGUACUGUAACCUUUGAUUUUGGUGUACAUUUCCCCCACAUUCCCACCUUUUCUGCUGUUGUGAGGGAAACAGUUGUGGCUUUUAGAAUUUCAGGAGUCACCUGAGGAAAACUACAGCUAUAGACUCUUAUAGGAGCAGAGGAAAUGGUUUAAUGGCCACAUACCAGAAUAGAGUUUAUCAGCAUGACAGAGCACCUUUCCUGGGUUACCAAAGUAAGGAAAUGUGAUUUCCCUGUCUGCAGCAUGGACAUUGUGUGGUUUCCUUUUGUUUGGAUUGCCCAUUCACCCCCCCCCAAAAAAAAUAAAUAAAUAAAUAAAAUGUGUUAUUGCCCUGAAAGAUUAUUUUCCAACUGUCUAACUGCUGGCUUAGUGGCAUGGACUUUCCUCCGUUCUUAUUUACAGUGAAAUUAAUUAUCGUGUUGCUCACUGUUGGAGUAGUGUUAACAUUUGGGAUGGAUUUCUGCUACAAAAGACCCGAUAUUCUGAUACCUUGUAAGUAGCAUGGUUUUGGAAUUAUUAAUACAAAUAUGAACCAGCUAUAUUUGCCGCCUAGAGGUGCAGGAGGAGGUAACUGCAGAAAUGUCUGGAGGCGCACUUGGCUGUAAUGAGUUCGCUGGGCAGACUCUUUUCCACUCUUCUGUGCCCCCAAUCCCUGGCUUCCAGACAAGAUUUGGUGAAGUUGGCUCAAGACUUUGUACUGUUACUCAAGAACCUGCAACCACCAAUGUUAAUGGUCCUAAGCUUGAAAAAGAAAACACCCUUUUCCCAGACUGACUCUGAGAAUGAUGAAUUGGUCUGUGUAGGCCAGAUGUCCUCUCUGCGUAGUUACAAGUCAGACAUUGAGGGCUCCCUGUCUUCUGUUUCCCCACCAGAUGAGUUCUCAUUUGGAUAUAUCUGGCAUGGCUUAGUGGUAAAUCACUUUGUCUAUGGUGUGCAGGGGACUGUGUUCGAGCCUUGCAGGAUACACACUCAACAAGAUGAUAGCCAAGGACUACUCUGAUGCCCAGAAAAGAUAUAGAAAGUAUGAGGCCUUAUCAGAACCAAAAAGUAUUAGUUAUUCCUCCUAGUAUUGAAGGUUUAAAGGAUGCAUUCACCAGUGCAUCUUUGGAGCCAGAUUCCCAACCCCCUUGCUUACAAGAAGCCUGAACUUUUUUUUAUACUGGGUUAUGAAUCCUUUUAUGUAUCCAUACAGGAACCCUGUUGCUGUUUUAUUUGUGGUGUUAGUGGCUUUCCACAAGAGAUCUACUAGGGUUCAAGCCAAGAAUUCCCUGACAAGUGACAUGUUUGGAAGAAGGUUAGUACCUCUGCCACCUUGGUCUUCAGAGCUCAGUUGUUAGACUUGCAUGUUAAAGCUCCAGGGAACGCUUCUGAACCAACUAAAAGACAGGGGGCUCGGGAAUAAAGUGCUGGAUGUAGGAAACCUCACUGCCCAAGUUUGUGAACGUUCUGUCAGUUGUGGCUGCAAUGCAAUGGAUGCAUCAUGCAUGGCAACAGCAAUGGGAUCAAUAAUAAGAGACGUACCUGCCUGAGAUUCCAGCCAUUAUCAAAUAUGAAAGCACAGCUUCUCAACACUGGUUUAGAGAAAGAGCCGUUGUAUGCCCCCCAGUUGAGCAGAUGUUUAAGAAGCUGGAAGGGAAACAAGACAGUGUAGUCUGUGAAAUUACUGCUUCACUGCCUGUCAAAUUUAAUAUAAACUAGCCCUUGACUUGGCCUUCCACUGGAGGAAGAAACGAGCACAAGCGUUCAAAGGUAAAGAAAAGCCAGUUCAGAAGAAGAUGGCAGCUUAACCAAAAGUGGAAGCUUGGGAGCCCACCGGGCUGGGGAAGCCUCAAGGGAGCAUCUGUGACUCAGCGGAGUUCGUCCCCCUUCACCCGCUCCUCAUAUUCUACUCGCACCUAAAAAAUAAGGUGUCAUCUGGGACUGUUUGUAAAAUAGUGGGAGAAAAUCACUCAAUAAUUGGCAAUUAGAAGUCUUGAGAGAAAGAUACAAACUACAGUUCAUGAAAAGAGCAAAGUACUCAGGCAUUCCCCAAGUGCCUUGAGGAAAAAAAGACAUCCGAUCAAGUCUGUACUGCUGGACCCUGGUAGCGAGAGUACCAGAGCAGGAAGAAAUCACAAGGAUUUGCUCAAGACUGUUUCUAAUACCAAGAAAAGUGGUCCUUGAAGGUCAGUGUUAGACAUAUUGAAGCUAAACACAUUUCUUUAAAUGCCAGAGGUCAAAAUACCAAGUCUGCAGGCUUUUCUGCUUCUCCUUUUCCUUCAGGCCUUGGUGGUUACCCUGUAAGUGAAGGAUGCCUUCCUCUACAUACCUAUAACCAGAACAGAGUCGGUACUUAAGAUUCAAAGCACAGAUGCGCAAUACCAGUUUAAUUUGCCUGCUGCACCUAGUGUUUAAAAAGUGCGUGGCUCCAGUCUACAGUUUACAUUGGACUGCUUCCAGAGUCUGUGAGUCUUUCUGAACCUACCCAAGUCCUAACGGAUACCCUCCUAACAAGUGCAGUUCCUAGGAGCCCUUGCGAGCACUGCAAACUAGAGUGAAUUCCUUCCCUCAAAGAAGGUGGUAUUCCUGACUUUGUAUUUUACUGCCAUAGCACAGAAAAAUCAGAUUAUUGCCAGGGAAUUUCUGAUGACACUGGGAGACAUAGCAUACUUCCUGAUGGUCCCCAGUGGCAAGGCUGCAUGAGGAAAUCCACUGGUGCUUAAAGAACAAAUAUUGUCAGCAUGUCCAGGCCCCACAGAGUCCCAUCCCCAUGCUGUCAUAGUAGAUGCACCAGAUGAACUUCAAGUAGGGGCUGGACACCCUUCUCAGAAGUAACAUGGCGGGCUGCUUAGGGAAACGGAAAAUUCAAAAGACGUGGAACAAAAGCAGGAGAAAAAAAAAACACAUCGUUAUCAAAGAGAUGAUGGCGAUAGUUUUAGUCUUGAAAGCUUGUAAGCAGACCUUACACAAGGAGACCGUGCUUUUCCUCCGUGACAGCACAACACAAGAGUAACGUGGUACAUUAACAAGCGGGGCAGCCUGUUUAUACCAUUUCUGCAGGCUAGCUGUGGUGGUAUGGUAUUUGGCACAGAAAUCGUGCAUGACCCUGAGGGCAUUUUAUAUCCAUUCCUAGUAGAAAAUUUCUUGGCAGACCAGUUGAACAGAACAGAUGAAGACCGUCAUGAAUGGGUGUUGAACAGGGAUGCGUUUCUGGGUUUGGUCCACGGUUGUCCUAGAAGUAGACCUUUUUGCUACUGCAGAAAAAAAUGAGUAAAAUAAUUUUGCACCAGGGCAACAACCACAGGGGCCUGAACAGCAGAUACUUUCUAAAUAAGCCUGGCAAGUCUGUUUCUCUACAUCUUUCCUCUCAUCCUUCUGAGAGUAUUACAAAAGAUAAAGGAGGACAGGCCAAAAAUGCUGCUAUUAGGUCUCACUUCUACUGGGUAUAAUAAGAACAAAGCCUGUUCUGUAUCACAGUGUACAAUUUGACCCAAAGUAGGAGGUCAUUCAUACACUGUAACUUGAGGACCCUAAGGCUGGUGCUUGGCUGAUCUAGCUGUCCAUUUCCCAAAGACGUGCUUUCUACCUUAAGAGUUGCAGGUAAACUAUAUGCAUGGAAGUCAUACAUGGAUCAGUGCUAUCCUGGUUAGCAAAGUGAAAUAAAUAAAAUGAAACAUUCUCUUUAUUACCAGGUCAGGAACCUAGAUCCUAACUAGUCCCCAUUGUCCUUCAUCCUUGGUACUCAGUUAUUCAUCAGACCUUUACAAAUCAGGAUUUUCUUUUGCUUUAGUGAAGGUACAUGUACCUGCAGUGUCAGCCUGUCUACCUAAUGGAUUUCCCUUUAUUCACUAUUACCAGUAAGGCAGUUCCUCGAGGGAGUCUUGCAUGCAAGGCUUUCCAAGAAGGUAAAUCUCCAUCACGAGAUCUCAGUUAUGUGUAGAGAUUUUGACUUUGCCAUGUUUUCAGCCUGUAGGUGCUGCACCUUUCAAAUACUUGACCUUGGAAGACCUAACUUUUAUUGAGUAUUACAUGUGGCAGAGGGAUAUUAGAAGUACAUAAUGUCUAUACAAACAGCUGUUCCUCAUCUUUUGCAAGGAUAGUGUAACUCUUCACAUCAGUCCCACCUUCAUGCCUGGAGUGAUGACAUAACUCUGUAAAGCAGACCAUUAACCUUGCUGUGUUUUAUCAUACCCCAGUGAAUGAUUAAUGGCUCUUGCACACGUUAGAUGUCCUUCGCCAGGUGAGAUUUUACAUUGAAAGGACUAAAGCAGAAAGGAAAUAAAACCUUUGGAACGGGUAGUCCUCUCCUUACACCUCUGAAUGCUGACUCACUACACCUGCUUGUGUUAUUCUUUCCACGGCAAGCCUUUCCAGGGCACGUGAAAGCCCAUUCUGCAAAAGCCGCAGCAGCCAUUGCUACCUUCCUGAGUGAGGUCCCACACAAGCCGUCUUAAGAAACGGCUACUUGGUCAUCUUUCCACACCUUCUCCAAAGCAUUGUAACUUGGACUUUACCUCUACUGUUAGGACAGGAUUUGGUACUGCAUCAAGCACCUUGUUAGGGCUUGCCACCCACUGAUCCAUAAGCUCUGAGGAUCUUCCAAAGUGUAUCACUAUUGUAAGGGUGAACAGGGCAGUGCAUUUAGUGUGGUUGGGUUAGGACUUUACCAUAAUUGUGGAUGUUUGAGUAUAUUCACUGUUACAGUGUCAUUUCCUGUCUUUUGUCCCUUUGCUUCCCUCCUGUAGCCAUUUUUGUGUUAUGGUGGAUCCCUAGUCACCUGUUUCUUUACAGUACUUCUCUUUGACUUCUACAAAUCCACCCACCCAACUCUGGCUUGCAUAUUUUCUGGUGAGGAAGCAAGAGGGCAGCAUUGGUUGGCCUUUUGAUGACUUAUGCUCUGGUCUCAUUCCAGACCCCUGCAGCUGAUAAGGGCAAGAGAUAUUAAAGAUGGCAUAGACUGACAUCCCUUUUCUAUCACAGACUCAUUAAUAUUUGGGGAUGGGGAAGAGUGAAAAGCUCUGGAAGCCAGUCUGCACAUUAGGCUUUCCACAGCACAAAUCUUAAGUGUUAUCACUACUGCAGCUGUGAGCUUUCUCUUCUUUAAUUAUAAGUUCAUAAGGCAGUACGUAAAGGGGAUUAUUGAUGACUGUGCAGAAGUUUAAACUGGUACAUGCAUAUAUAUACAUAGCUUUACCCACAAGACCGAGUGCAUGUAAAAUGUCACAGUCGCAUCAGUCCUUGUGUGAAGAACAUGGAUUGGAUUGUGCUUUUUGUAACCCAGAUUUUUUUUCACUGCCUUCUGUGUUUUGCUUCUUGGGUAAGGCAGUAAAUGGUGUCUUCAGUACUUGUAAUUACUGAAGAGCACCCAAAGUUCACCCCUUUCCCAUUUAGACUUUUAAAGGUCUUGUGGAACUUAAUCUCUAGAAACUUUCUCUCUUGUUCCUUUUACUGACUCCUUGAUGUUCAGAGUAAUGUUCUUUUCUUAAAUGUGUUCGAAAGACUAUUGACUCUCUACAGCUGUUACUCUCUCAUUGUGACUAAACUUGCCAAUAUUCGUCAUGCAUUUGUUUUGAGCACUGUAGGUAGGGUGUGUGUGUAUUACAAAAUUAAGAGGUAGUAGCAGUUGGUAGUUGAGCGCAUCUUAUUGUUUUGGAGGAGGAGGUUAUCUACUUCAGUGGAAGAAAAAAAUAAAGGAAUGGCCAGUUCUUUGGAAUUUAAUCUUUGGUGUGUGUGUGUGUGUGUGUGUGUGUGUGUGUGUGUGUGUGUGUGUGUGUGUCAAGUCAAAGAAUUGGCAGACAUAUGGGCUUCAGGGGUUCUUAAGCCCCUGAAUAAAAUAAGGCUACUUACCCCAUACUGUCACCUUGCACCAAGUUUAUUGGAAAGCUGGGGGAGUAUUUAAUGGACUGCAUUUGGUAAUUCAUCCAUUACAUUUUUUGGGAAAUUUGGGAUUGCUAUAAAUAAUCCUGUGGCUAAUUAUUUUAGGCACUUAUCUUGAAAGAGAUAAUCUAAUAAUGCUAAAACAUUUUAAAAAUUGAUUAAUUUAUCAGAUAUAAUAAGAUCAAAACCAGUGUCUUUUUGCCUGAAAAAUGAUGCUAUAUUUUGUUCUGAACAGUAAAGCAGAACCCAUAUAAUGUGGCUGUUGUCUAUAACUGGGUGUCCAACACUCCUUUGAAGAAACACUACUGCUUUUAUUGAAAUGAUCGUGUGUGGGAUGUACAUUAAAAACACAAUGUUUGAUUGAUUGCC